AUGGUCUUUGAAACCCUCUAUGCCGCUGAAGCACCAAAUAUAUAUUUACCGAUCUUUAUUUGCAUGUUUUUAGUUUUCCUCGGUGGUGCUUGUAAUCCUACUACUUGGCGGAAAGAUAUUGCUAUCCCCUUUCUGGAGGCAAAUAGGAUUCCCUACUUUAACCCACAGUUCGAUGAGUGGUGUCCGGAGCUGAUAGCACAGGAGGCAGCAGCGAAAGAAUGCGCUAGCUGUCUUCUCUUCGUCUUCCAGCCGCAUCUAACUCGAGGUCUGGCUAGUCUUGUGGAGGUUGCCUAUCUCGCCGCUCGUCCCUACGUUAACGACUGCUCAAGCUGUUAUCGUCGUUCACGCCUUCUCCUUAUUGUUCGACCCUCUCCGUCAUCCACUCCAACGUUUCAUGGUUCCACUAUUCUCCAUACUACACCCACGGAGGCUGCGAGCAUUGAGGCAGCCUAUCAGUGGCUGGAAGGUCUACGAUUUCCCCACGUGUUUUUCUUUGAUCAACUAGAAGACGCCCUUCUCCACAUCAAAACAUUCUAUCAACAUCGUCGGAAGAGUGCAAGUCCAGGUGUUCUCGACGAUGCACAGACGAUGACUAGGGAGAAUCUGCUUGCCGCCUAUCAGUACUCUCCCCUCCACAGAGAGGUGACGGCAGACUUGACGAUUGAUCUCUACUGCGGUGGUACAACUCCGAAGAAGGUGGAAGUUGGCUUGAAGGGGAAGAAAGAGGACAUCGACCCCAUCGUUACUACAAGUUGGGUGUUGUGUCGUCAGCAUGCCAGACGGAAUUUUGCACUGAGUAUGGCAGUGCAGCUCCAUUGUCCUCGCUUCUACUUCUAUAUCUCGCGGCAAGGUCUGUGGAUUGUGGAACAGAUGGAGGCGGCCUUUGCCAUCGGCAGUGGAAAGGAGGUGAUCCUCUGUGUGGAGUACCUUAUCGAUGAGAGCAAUGUCGCUUCAAUUGCAACAGAGCCAGAGCGAGAGACAAGGUCAGAGGUCUCCUCAGGUUACAGCAGUCUUGCUAGCACUCCAGAUGAGGUUUUUCAACCACCCAACACCACCACUGUUGCUAUCACCUCGUCUCUUUCAUCCUCUCCGGCUUCCUAUCAUCUUCCAUUUCGAUCCGCUUCUUGUAGCGGAAUGAAAUUGAUGUUGACUGAAUCGGUGAUAAUUGAGUGCCACGGAGAACAUCACACAAUACAAAAUGGCAGAGUAAAAGGUGAUAGAAAGAGAAAGAAGGCAGUUUCUCUUCCCUCAACUCCCACAGUAGUCAUUGAUGACACUGGUGAGGUGUGCGGUCUAUCGCCAGCAGCUGUGAAGGAUCACAAUCGGUCGCGCAACUACCUUAAAGCUCUCCUUGAAGAGGUCAUAAGAAGGGGCAAUGGAAGAGGCCUUCUCCUUCCUCGACCUGUGGAGGAUAUUAACGAUCUCUUCUCCCUCCCGUUGUAG